AUGCAUGCAGACGUGGCUAGUGAUGAUGGGGACAUGCGUCCCACACACAAUGAGGAUGUUCCACAUGUGAACAUUUCACAAGAUGGUGAAAUGGACGUACAUGAGGGUGGAACCGAACAAGAAGAUGAGGCCAACGUGGACGAUGUGGGCGACAGCCUAGAAGAGCAUCACGAGGUGACUCUGCGUCGCGGGAGCCGAGAGAGACGUCGGCUGAGGGAGCUACUGGAGACCUAUGACACCGAGUUUGCUGGGCAUGCAACGAAGAACUCUAGAGUGCAGUAUCCCAUGUCAAACCAAGUAAGCUAUCAUCGGUUCUCCCCAGAACACAAGGCUUACCUAGAAGCCAUAAAUAAGAUCGAAGGGCCUAGAUCAUUCUUGGAGGCGAUGAAGGACCCUCAUGGAGAGAGGCCGUGA